AGAAGAUGAUAUGUCAAAGUCAAGUCUUCAAUUGGUAGAAAAUGAGUUGAUUGAAGCACGUGAAGACGAUUCUAGUCCCUGGUAUGUUGCACGAAUAUUAAAAGUUGAAGGCCGGCGAAUCUUCAUCCACUAUCUUAACUGGCACAAAAGACACGAUCAAUGGCUGCCUUCUAGGUCUCCCCGUAUCAGAGCACUUAGUAAAAAGAAUGCUGAUAAACUCCCCGAGGAACAAAAUUUAAAGAGUGUAAUGUUUAAAGUUGGACAAGCUAUUGAGGCCAAAUGGAUUGAUAAGCAUUACUACCCUGGAACUAUUCUCUCUGCUGAAGGAAACGAAUACUACCGAGUAUUGUUCAGCGAUGGGUUCAAAAAGAAGCUCCGAUUCUCUCAGAUACGUCACCCACUGGGAGCAGUUGAGGAGCCAGAACCAGAACCCGAACCAGAGAAGGAAGAAGACACUUCAGCAGUAGUAAGUGUGAGUAGUCGAGCUAAACGUCUAUCAGCCAGGAAUUCAGACGAACUAGUCUCCACUACUCGCUCAAAACGGCUCUCAGCACGACUUAACCGCAACUCCUCCAGUGAGCCAACAUCCAGGAACUCUUCUUCAGAGCGAAGUAGGAGGGAUUCCAGCCCGGGAAUUAUAACUCUGAAGGACAUGGUGAAAGAUUCGGAAACCAAACCCUCGUCCCAGCCAAAAGAUAGUCCUCCUAAAAAGGGGAGCCCGGUUAAGAAAGAAAGCCCAGCUAGGAAGGAAAGUCCAAACAAAAAGGAGAGUCAACCUGCAAAAAACAGCAGUCCGAAGACACCGGUGAUGCCAAAGAAAAACUCUCCUAAAGCUGAAUCUGACACAAAAUCUUCCCACACGCUGAUAAUUGAUGACGUAAUCGAGUUUGAGGUACCGAAGAAAGCGUCUCCCAUAAAAGAGAAACAUGAUUUCAAGAAGGAGGCCCCCACUAUUCAGAUAGCGACUACUCCGGUACUGAAGCCGCACAAGUUGGAGCUGACCGAACCUGAACCUGUUCCAAUAACCGACACUAAGAUAACGAAGAGAGGUCACUCAGGCUGUGCUGAUCAGAGGCACAAAAGAGACCAUUCUGACAGCAAGAUAUCAGUUGUUAACUCGAAAGGAUCUCGGAACAACAAACAACUCGACCACUCCAAAAUCCCAAUCAUAGCGAGUGAGAAACAAGACAAAUUGACUGACCAGAAAGUUGGUGAAAAGCAAGCUGGAACCGAUGGACUGAAGUCAGAUCUGAUGUCAGAUCAUAUCAGUCAACUUCAGAGAAAUCAAAGGGAUCAGUCAGCUAGACUGAUAGCAGCUAAAGGAGUGAAGGAGGUAGUUUACCAAACAGCGGGUUACAGCCAGGCAGCCAUGAUGGCCGGUUUAAAGCAGGGUCCAAGUGGUCCGGUCUACAUGCCGCACAUGCCGGGCAACAUGCCGCACAUGCCGGGCAACAUGCCGCACAUGCCAGGCAUGUUUGGGACGCCUCCCUACUCUCAGUACUAUCCGACGACGUCCCACACAAACGCGUGGGGAAUGCCAGGUCAGUACGCAGUUGCUAGCUCCUACUCUCCCGCCAUGUCUCCCCAUCACACUGCUGGCAUAUACGUGACGUCACAGCAAUUCGUGACGUCAUCACAGCAACAUCAUCCCUCCCCUACUAUUGUGUCUCCUGCCAUGCAGAGUCCUGGGGUUGCUAUAUCUAGCCAUCCAGGGGUUGCUAUAUCUAGCCAUCCUAUUGCCAGUCAUCCUGGUCAGCCUCAGGGGUUUCCUUUGGAGUUCCAACAGCGAGCAAUACCACAGCAAAUUCCGCAGUCUAGGAAAACUAAGGCUGCAAGUGAGCCGAGCUCAAGUCCGUCACCUUCCAGUCACAUGUCUCAAUCUCCGUCCAGUCACAUGUCUGCUUCUCCCUCUCAUCCCUCCAGUCACAUCUCCCCGUCUCCCUCGCAUCCAGCGAACAGUCCUAUACCUCACCACGUGACCAAUGCUACUGGUCCCGUAACAGCCGGUACUGGCAGCAGUGGAGGAGCGCAAACCCCGCCUAGAAAACUAGAAAUUGCCAAAACGGACUCAGGGAAACAGAAGAGAAACAGAAGAGAAGGCUCUUCUGACGGUUCGGGUAGAAAAUCGCAGAAAAGGGGUCCUGAAGAACCAAAACAAGUUCGGAAGAUUGUUAAAAAGAGUGGAAAUCAAGCUGAAGCUUUGAAAAAGAUCAGUUAUGAUAUCUACGAUUUCCCAGUUUCACUCACUACCAAAGCAUCCAAAAAGACGACAGAGACAACCAAAUCAAAAGAGAGCGACCUGUCGGAGGAAAGUGAGAGUUCAGCAGGAGAAGAGAGCAGCAGCGCUCACUCAACCCCCACCCACCACCUACCCCACCAGAUCCCUCCCCCUUACUACGUCAACUAUCCCUUCUACCCCAACAUGCAGAACACUAAGAUUACCAACCCUAUCCAUCAGAUGAACAUGAUAGCGCAGCAGUACCACGCGCAGAACAGACACCACCUUUUCCAGCAGCACAUGAUGCACCCCCAGCAUAAGCAGCGCGGUCGGAAAUCUUCUCACACGAACAGAAGUGCUCCACAAUCGCCCUCCAAGAUGAGACUUCAUAAUCAAGCCAUCGACGCGAACACUGCUUCUCUCUUGCGGCACCAUCAUUUGACACAACAGCAGAAAGCUACCGGUCAGAAGGUUCCAGGGCAGGCGGCUCCAGUAAGAUAUAAAACACCUGAACCUGUUGCACCUGCUUCAUUUAGGGGCAUGUUGGAAUCAGACGAAGUCGCAGCAGCAGGGAGCCCAGCUAAAUGUGAAAAAUCUGACGGUCAGCAACCACAGGCAUACCUUUCUGUGAUGAAGCUGGACAAAAACAAGGGUCAGGGUCCCAUGAUAGAAAGUUAUCCUGUUCAUGGUUCUUUUAAAUCAACUGUCCCCAGGGCUCCUAAAUUAGCUUCACCUAAAGGUUCACAGCCAGGUAGCCCGGGCUCUGCAGUUUCAAAGAAAACAUCAGCUCCAAGCCCCAGUCAGGGAGCGGCACCUCAACAAAUCAUAGCUAAACCUCACUUUAACCCAGUCACCCCAGCACAGAUACAGAAAGUGUCCAACCCUGCCCGUUUACCACCCGGUUAUGACAUGCAGCAGCAGAUUUACAGGUACCCCCAACCCAUGGGAACCUACCCUCAUCCUGGUAACAAUCCUGCAAUGUUUAAACCUGUUAGUGUUCCUGCACCUGUACCUAAUACUGAGGAAAAGGGUGGUCAAAUCGUUCAGCCAACUCCCAUUAUGUCACCUAAACCUGUACCUGUUUCCGGUCAAGCUCCUGAUCUUAAACCUGAUGAUUCUAUAAGUGCAGGCAAUUCAAGAUCACCUGACUUCAGAUGAUCUGUGGAUGGCAGAUGACACUAAUUUCGAUGGUAACUUUGAUAUUUCAGACCUUGCAAAUUAUCUUGAUGGUGGAUCAAACUCUGCAAUUCCAGACGAUUUGAUGGAUCAGAAAACUGAACCAGUAAAACCAGAACCGAAAGAUGAAAAUACGGUCAAGGAAGAACCAAAAGUUAAGCAACCUGACCCUGCUUCAUUUCCACCAACAUCCAUCAUAACUGCUGAGGGUGUGAGAAAAUCUCUCCGAGAACGCCGAGCAUCUGCCAAGCUGCUCGAAAGUGGAGAAUCAACCAUCCCUCCCAAAAUAACAGUUUCAGUUCCUGGCACCAUUCCAGUUAAACCGAAUACCAUAACAGUGCUACCCUCGAUCGAAACUCUGGCAACAAAACCGCCUCCCGUAACUAGCACCUCCAGCAGCAGUAGCAGCUCAUCUCAAACUCCCUCCCAACAACGUAAACCACGUACCCCCAUCAGUGAUAUCCAUGGUACAAAUCCUAGCAACCGACGUGCUUCUCCGCCUGCCCUCAACAAAGUGGUCCCCACAUCACCUUUGAAGCAGAAGUUGAAGCAGUAUGUUUUGGAGAGGCAAGCCAGACAAGCGGCUAAUCGUACCCCUCCAAGGACGGUUCAGUCAGAGACGGCUGCACACAAAUCUCCAGGUGGCUCGGUAGGGAUUGAGAAUCCUCUUAUCCAGCGCAGGAUGAGUCAGUCUCCUAGUCCUACAAACUGGCAGCAGUUGAUUCAGUACGGCAGGAAUUCUCCUAAUUUCAUUGCCAGUUUGUCGCCUCGGUCACGUGAUGCAUUAUUUAACAUACAGAAUAAAGAUCCGAGGAUGUCUCCGUAUUGUAGAACAUCGCCUGUACCAGCUGAUCUUACAACCAAAAAAGAAGCUGUGUCACCAAAACCUGCUAGCUCGAAAUCUCCUAGACCUAAUACCAAAUCCCCAAAAUCUUCCACUUCAUCAACAGAAGAUCCACCCAUCCCAACUACUUCCGUUCAGAAAUCAUCAAUCUCCAACCCUCCGCUGUUUGUCGAACCUAAGACUUACAUCAAAGAGGAACCAAUUGAAGCGCCCCCGCCCAAAACAAACGUUCCGGUGCAAGCGAUACAGCCACCAUUGGAACAUAGUCGACCAUCAUCUAAAUCAAACGAUCAUACUUCUUUGACUUCAUCAAAGUCUGUACCGUUGCAAAUCAAGCUACAGUCGGGGAGCACAGAGGUUCCGAGGCUUUCCAAAUCAGUACCUACUACUCCAGACGGUGGAUAUAACACCCGGAAAAUCAAGGUUCAAACUUUCGCUUUGUUGGGGAAAAAUCCCAAAUCAAAGAGAAGCUCAGAGAACCUCAAGAAUUCACCUCGUCACACGCCAAGUAUGAAGGCUCCUCAAGCUGAUCCUCCAAAACCACCCCAACUUCAACCACCUCGACCACCUC